AUGUCGUUGUCGUAUCAGACGAGUUGGAAGUACCUGCACACAACGUAUUUGUCGCCAAAAGUAUUCACCGAUCGUUGCAAAGAUCCCCAGUUAGAGAGAGCGAUGCCGACGAUUGGUUGCAGCAGUGUUUGCGUGAGUCUCAUGGAGCCUGACAUUGAAGCUGGAGUUCUGAUCGGUUUCAAGCACAUUCGCGGUUGUAUGGAUCGAGUGCUGAGGAACGGGUUUAACGAAAGCGCCAUUCGGACGCAUCGCUUCAAUCAGAAUAAUCAAUGCCGAACGCUUUCACGAGCGAGCCUCUUCAAUCCGACCAAAGAACAAGAGCGAGAUGUUUUGGGAGAGGUGCAACUCUGCAGCUGUUACGGGGAUCGUUGCAAUAGCGGAGCAGCCGGUUCACGAUUUCACUUUUUCACCGUUUUCUUCAUCGUUUUAAUAGCCGGCUUCUUGCGGCCACCAUGGCCCGAUAUU